AUGGCUGCCUGCACCGGUUACUCGCCGUCGUAUGUAAUGGUAGAAGAUGGUUUCACUAACGAUUUCAUCUCCGGUGAAGAGAAAUCACAGAAUUCAGAGCAAAUAAAUGAACGGGAUAUCGGAAAACCUCCAAGGCAUCUUUCAUUAGUCCGUCAUAGCAUGAGCACGGCGACACUCCUGACACCUACAGAUCCGGACUUUAACUUUGGGAUUGUUGAUGGGAAAUCGGAAUAUAUGCCUAUGAUUCGAUCAGGAAGCUAUUCAGAGAAGGGGCCAAAGGAAUACAUGGAAGAUGAACAUAUAUGUAUAGACAACCUUCUUCAACAUUUAGACAAAACAGAAGGUUUUUCUUCCCUCGGAGCUUUCUAUGGGGUAUCCAUCUUUCCAAAAUCCAUCUCUCUUCUUUUUUCUUCAUCUGAAUCUUCACCAGUUCAUUCAAUCAAUAGGUUUUCGAUGGGCAUGGUGGCACAGAUGUUGGAUCUUAUAAACAGUAGUGUUGACAUUUCUUCCGGAACCACUGCAUUAACCACCUUCAUAUUCGGAAGGAAGAUGGUGGUUGCAAACGCGGGCGAUUGUCAGGCAGUUUUAGGAAAAAGGGGCAGGAUUGAGCUCUCCAACGACCACAAACCAAACAUUGUGACCAAAAGACACAGAAUUGAAAAACUAGGUGGUGUAAUAUACGACGGGUAUCUAAACGAGCAGCUAUCGGUUGCCCGGGCACUUGGGGAUUGGCAUAUGAAGUUCCCAAAAGGUUUCAGGGUCAGGCUGCCCGUUGAGUUCAGAACCAGAGUUACAAGAAGUUUUGUUGAUGGAAUAAGAUGA